AUGAACAAAGAAAAAUAUAAUUAAGCUUUUAAAAUCUAAAUGAGUCCAAUCCUAUUGUUUAUUUUGUUCAUUUCUGCUUCUUCUAUUAUCUUUAGUGACUCAGGAUAAUAACUAUUUGAUCAUGCAGCAAAUUUUGAUUGUAGAAACAAUUUUUAGACAACUAAAACAAUUUAAUUCUCAGGGGCUUUUCAAAAUAUUCCUUAAGUAUUUAUGUUUUAAGAUUAUUGUGAUAUACCAAAUGCAAUAUCAGAAUACUAAUUUUCAAUCACAUCCAUAACUUUGGUUGGUAAUGCUAUCAUUAAAUUAGAUUUUUAAAUUGUUGUCAAAUGUCCAAAACCUGGAUUAAUAUGGGGCAUUAGAUAUUCAUGGAUUGCCUUAGAUGAUUCGAGAGUUUAAGUGAUUAAUUCAUUUAAUGUUGAUCCACCAUAGGAUAAAGUAUUUAAUCAUCAAUUACUUAAUGCUGAUACUGCAAUAAUAGGACUUACAAGUUUAGGUUAUAGUGGAUAAUUAGAAUUCUAGCUAUUGGUUAUUCAUUAUAUUUAUUAUAGGUAACCUAAAUAACAAAAGACACUGUCUCAGUUGGGAUAACUUAAGUAGCAGGAAAAUUCGUUAAUUUGAAAUAAAUUGGAUACCAGAUCUUAUUAGUAGCUUCAAGAGAUAUUAUAGAUCUUGGAUUAGUGACAUUUAAACCAACUUAUACCAGUAAUGCUAUAAAUUUGGAAACAAAUAAAUGGCUCAUAUAGCCAAUUCAAGGAAUCAAAUAUAAUUACGGAGCCCAAUUGACUUUGAAUGAAUAAAAAACUAUUGGAGCCUCGACAGUAUCUUAUUCAUUUACAAAAUGUAAUAAUUAUCUAUAAAAAUGAAAGGGGGCCCUUAUGAUUAAUCUGAAUUCACAAUUUAGAAUUUAUGGAUGUCCUAUUAAUUAAUAAAAAAUUAUGCAUUAGAAUGCUUUACUUUAAGAAUCAGUUAAAAGUUAGAUAGAUCAUAAAGUAAUAGACCUAGAUUUUUUGUUUAAAUAAUGCAAACAAAUUAAAUAUAUAAUACUGUUGGAGAAUAUUCAUUUAAAGUCUAUAAACCUAUUUAGAAUAUCAAUUUUGUUACUGAAAUAAAUUGUAUUACAGGAAAAAGAGUAAUAUCUAAAUUUAAUAAAUGUAAUUCUUGCUCUUCAUUUGGGAAGAAUUAUCAAUUUAAUCAUUAUUGUCACUCUCAAAUUAAUUUAAUAAGUUAUUUUCCCAAAUUUGCAUAAACACAAUCUGUUAAUCAAGAAUUUAAAAUAAUUAUAACAUCCAACAAUUGUUUAGUGAAAUAGAUACUUUAUAAUUAAGCGAAAACAGAAUAAGACAUCAUUAAUAUAGAAUUUUAAGAUCCAUGA